AUGGACAAAAUCGUGAUAGUGUCCAAAGGAAGAGGUACCAGACAGUGUGACAACAGCGAGAACGACAACAGAGACGACCACAGAAAUUGUUACACCACAUCAAGUCGAGGGAAUAGAGACAUAUCCAAAGGAAGGGGUACCAGACAGCGUGACAACAGCGAGAACGACAACAGAGACGACCACAGAAAUUGUUACACCACAUGA